AUGCAGUUGGAGAAACCUACCUGUCAGACUUGUGGACGUCAGCAUGCAGGGAAGUGUCUGCUAGGAGCCGGAGUCUGCUACAAGUGUAAGCAGCCGGGCCACAUAUCCUUUGAUUGCCCACAGUUGAGGAGGCCUGCGACAGGGAGAGUUUAUGUGAUGCAGACCGAGGAGGCUGACCCAGACACUACCUUGAUUACAAGCAGAAUAUUGGUUAUAGGAGUAGCCACGAAAGCUCUGUUCGAUUCAGGGGCUACUCAUUCUUUUAUUUCACAUGCAUUUGUGCAUCGUAAAGGGAUUACUCCGGAGGGUCUGAAAGAAAGUCUACUAGUGACGAUUCCUUCUGGAGAGGAGCUGAGUACGGGUAGCAUUGUCCGAAAUCUCAAGAUGGUACUGCAAGGCCAUAUUAUGUAUGCUGAUUUAAUAGUACUUCCGAUACCAGAGUUCGACAUCAUUCUAGGGAUGGAUUGGUUGUCAGAGAAUCAGGCAGUAAUCGACUUUCAGUGCAGGGCAGUCCAACUACGUCCUUCGGGAGGAGAACCUUUCACUUUCAUGGCAGCAAAGAAUUCAAGGAAGCCUCGGUUUAUAUCAUUCUUACAGGCAAGGAAGCUCAUUGACCGUGGCUGCCUGUCAUUCCUAGCCAGCGUUAUAGUGACUACGGCGCUGGAGGGUCCUUCUAUUCCUGAUGUGGAAGUUGUUAGGGAUUAUGUAGACAUUUUUCCUGAUGACGUUACAGGGAUUCCACCGGAUCGAGAGGUGGAGUUUUCUAUUGAGUUGCUGCCAGACACAGUGCCAAUCUCUAAGGCACCGUAUCACCUUGCUCCUACUGAGAUGAAAGAGCUGAAGGAGCAGAUUCAGGAGUUGCUAGACAAGGGGUUCAUUCGCCCUAGUGUUUCUCCCUAG